AUGGGCGCGCCGGUGCACGGCGCCCUCGUCUUGUUCCUCCUGCUCCUGGCGGGGUCAGGGGCGGCGGCCGAGGAGACGGCGCCGCAGGAACCCACAUUGCCCGCAGCCGGCUCUGCCGGCGCGGCGGCGGCGGCGGUCGGGGUCAACUCCAAUUCCGUGCUGGUGGCGCUGCUGGACUCGCACUACACGGAGCUGGCGGAGCUGGUGGAGAAGGCGCUGCUCCUGCAGACGCUGGAGGACGCCGUCGGGAAGCACAACGUCACCAUCUUCGCGCCGCGGAACGAGGCGCUGGAGCGGGACCUCGACCCGGAGUUCAAGCGCUUCCUGCUGGAGCCGCGCAACCUCAAGUCGCUCCAGGCGCUGCUGCUCUACCACGUCCUCCCCUCGCGCCUGCCCUCCGACGCCUGGCCCGCCGCCUCCCACCCCACGCUCUCCGGCGAGGAGGUCGAGCUCGCCGCGGCAGGGACCGGCAUGCGCGUCGGCCACGCCGCUGUCACGCGCCCGGACGCCGUGCUCAGGCCCGACGGGGUCAUCCACGGCAUCGAGCGCCUCCUCGUCCCGCGCUCCGUGCAGGAGGACUUCAACCGCCGCCGCAGCCUCGCCGCGAUCUCGGCCGUGCUGCCCACGGGCGCGCCCGAGGUCGACCCCAGGACGCACCGCCUCAAGAAGCCCGCGCCGCCGGUUCCGCCCGGCGCACCCCCCGUGCUCCCGAUCUGGGACGCCAUGGCGCCCGGACCCUCCAUCGCCCCCGCGCCCGCUCCGGGGCCGGGCUCUGGGAAGCACCACUUCGACGGGCACAGCCAGGUGAAGGACUUCAUCCAGACGCUGCUCCUCUACGGCGGCUACAACGAGCUCGCCGACAUCCUCGUCAACCUCACCUCCCUCGCCACCGAGAUGGGCCGCCUCGUCUCCGAGGGCUACGUCCUCACCGUGCUCGCCCCCAACGACGAGGCCAUGGCGCGCCUCACCACGGACCAGCUCAGCGAGCCGGGGUCGCCGGAGAACAUCCUCUACUACCACAUGAUCCCGGAGUACCAGACCGAGGAGUCCAUGUACAACGCCGUGCGCCGCUUCGGCAAGGUGCGCUACGACACGCUGCGGCUGCCGCACAAAGUGGUGGCACGGGAGGCCGACGGCUCCGUCAAGUUCGGCCAGGGCGAGGGCUCCGCCUACCUCUUCGACCCGGACAUCUACACCGACGGCAGGAUCUCCGUGCAGGGCAUUGACGCCGUGCUCUUCGCGCCAGAUGACACCAACGCCACACAGACCGCCGACGCGAACAGGAAGCCUCCCGCCAUCGUCACCCACAAGAAGAAGAUCAAGCUCCGGCGAGAUUGCUCAAAAGUAGCCCACCACAUUGUCCUUGUUUCAAUAAUAGCACCGAAAUUUACAGCUCGUAAUCUAGAUUGGGGGAGUACUGGCCAACGUGUGACCACCGUGAAAACCUGGAUGUGA